UUUUAUACGUUUAUAAUAUGACUAUAAUAGUAUAAUAUAUCAGUAUAUUAGUAUUAGUAUAAGACUAAGACAAUUCGUCUACAAUAUGAUUGAAGACUUGUAGCAUAGGAAGUAUAUUACUUAGUUACUUACAAUAUAAAUAUGUUAUAAUACUUGCAGUCACUUUACACUUACCAACACGAUUAGAGUAUUGUCGACAAGAAUCGUAUUAUUAAGAUGGAUCUUACAGAUUGUGAUGUAUUUAAUAAAUUAAUGAUAAUUAACAAUACCAYGUAUUAAUGUUUCCAAUGUUUCCAUUCUAUUCAGUUUUUAUUUUGAAUGAACAUAAUGUUAAAAAUGAGUAUUGUGUUACAUUUUGUUUGAUUUAAAUAUAACAUAUAUAUUAUAUUUUAUUUACCAAUAUUUAAAAUGAAAAAAGUGGCAAAUCAAUAUGUGCCAUUGUAUCAUUUUGAAAUAUUUUGUUAUACUGUUAUAUGGGCUUCAGGCAUAAUUUAUGCUGCUUAUAGUUUAUUAGAUGUCAGCUCCAAUUUAAAAAAUUCAGAGAUUCCUGACUUAGUACCUGGAUGGUCUUGGCUUGGUCGAAGAAAAGAUACUUGUCCAGAAUGGAGAAUAUGGACUACUUUUCUCAUCUACUCAUUAGGUCCAUGGGUUAUUUUACAUUCAUCAAUUCUACUGAUAACACAGCAUUAUUUUUCAAAGAUAUCAACAAUACGUGAUGUGUGGCUUAUUACUGUUACAAGCUUAUGUGUAGCGUAUAAUUUUGGUCUAUUAUCAGUCUUCAUAUUUUUUAGUCUGACAUUAAUUUAUUACUGUUUAUUAUUAUUUGGUAAUCAAGUUUCCAUUUGGAUUACAAGCUUAUUAUUAUUAGGAGUGGGGUCAUACAAUGAUUCUUUAUUUACCAUUUUUGACUCUAGUUCUGAUGGAGAGAUCGCGUAUUUAUUACUUUUGACAUUAUACUGGCACCAAUUACGCUGUAUAAGUUUUUCACUUGGCUCAUUGGAUAAAGCUAAAAGUAAAACUUUGCCAAAUUGUCUACACUUUUUAGCAUAUUCAUUUUACUUACCAUGUUUUUUUUUUGGACCAAUAAUAAUUCACAAAAAAAUUAAUGAUAAAAAUAAAAAUACUACCAUGAAACCGUUGAGCCAACGUUUAUCAAAACUCAUACAAAAUUUGAUUAGAUAUUUUUUUUGGAUGUUUUUUACUGAGUUCAUUCUACAUUAUGUUUAUAUUAAUAUGUUUUUACAGAAUAUUAAAGUUUUUAAACAUUUUGGAAUUAGUGCACUUGGUGGGUUUGGUUUUGGAAUGGGACAAUUUUUUUUCAUUAAGUAUACAUUCAUUUAUGGCACUGUUAUCACAAUUGCAAGAUUUGAUGAAUUCAUUGAACCUCCCAAGCCACCAAAAUGUAUUUCACGGAUUUAUUUAUAUUCUGAUAUGUGGAGAAGUUUUGAUCGAGGACUUUACAACUUUUUAAAAGAGUAUAUUUAUAGACCAUCUGGACAUUCAGAAAAUAUUAGGCUUGGUACCAAAUUGACUAGGUCAUUUUUGUGUUUUGCAUUUAUUUUCAUUUGGCAUGGAUUAUCAUGGGAAGUUUUCUUAUGGACUCUAUUCAACUUCAUAGGCAUCACAUUGGAAACUCUAGCAAGGGUUUUUGGAAAAACUUCUUACUAUUUCCUCUAUAUUAAGAACAAACUAAGUGCCCCUAAUGAAAGGCGGGUUUUAGCACUUAUAACCAGUCCUUUAACAAUGCUGUCGGCCAUUUCAAACUUUUUCUUUUUUGGCGGUAUUGACGCCGGAUUAAGUUUUUUUGAAGCGAUAUUUUUACUAAAUACAUGGAUUGAAAACAUUAUUAUUAUCAUAAUAUUUUAUUCAAUGUGUCAAGUAUCUAUAGAAUUCAACCAUUAUAAAAAAUCAAAAAAACAAUGAAUUGUGUAUAUUAUAUCUCUUAAACAAAGUACAUAGUUUAUUCAAUUAACACAAAGUAUUAAAUUUAAUAUAAAUAUU